AUUCGAUCCAACAUGGCCGACGAAGAUUUAGCAUUAGCAUUGUCACUUCAAGACGAAUUUUUAAGAAAUGAUGGUGAAAUAUCAACAGCAACAACCAGUGUGAAAAGAAAAUUAGAGCCAUCGUCCAUCGUGGACGAUUGCUGGGAAACGAUAGACCCAACACCGGAUAUUAGAGAGCUAUUUCUACAGUAUAACGACACGUAUUUUCAAGGGAAGCUUUCAUGUUGUGAAGUAAAGUGGGCCCCGCGAAUGACUUUAUGCGCCGGAGUUUGCUGUUAUGAAGGCCGUGGGGGGUUGUGCUCCAUCAAACUUAGCAUGCCCCUAUUGAAACUACGACCCAGGAAAGAUCUCGUUCAAACGUUACUUCAUGAAAUGAUACAUGCAUAUCUCUUCGUUACAAACAACAACAAGGACCAUAAUGCUCAUGGACCAGAAUUUCAUAAGCAUAUGUAUAGAAUUAACAAACAGAGUGGCGCCAACAUCACGGUUUACCACAAUUUCCAUGAUGAGGUUAACAUCUACCGACAGCAUUGGUGGCGCUGUGAUGGGCUCUGUCAGAAUCGGCCACCAUACUACGGUAUGGUGCGUCGAGCAAUGAACAGAGCACCAUCACAGCAUGACUCAUGGUGGUCCGACCACCAGCGAACAUGUGGUGGGACAUACCACAAGGUCCGUGAGCCAGAGGACUAUGGAAAGAAAAAACCGAAAACAAAAAAAGAAGAUGGUAAAAAGAAAAUUAAUGGAGAUUCCCAAACAAAAGGGAUGCCAAAAAUUUAUGAUCUCUGGAAGAAGACUGGUGGUGGAGAAAGUGGAAUAAGUAUUGGAGAAACAUCCUCAUCGACGAAGGGAGAUAUUAAUCAGGCAACGAGCAGCACAACAGGAAUAAACAAGCUUUGGAGAGUCGAAAAUGAAGAUGAAUCAAGCAGCGGCAAAGAGAAUGAUGUCCAAAAAAUAAAUAACACUUUUAAACCUUUCACUGGAAAAGGCAAUGUCUUAGGCUCUAAGUCUCAAAGUGACAGCUCAGCAAGCUCCAGCAAGUCAAGAACUACCUUUGGUGCUCCUAAGCAAAGAAAUAAGAUCACUGAAAAUACUCCUAUCCUGCCGAGUACCAAUCAAUCCAAAGCCAUUUCUUUUGAUAUUAAUGAAAAUGAUUUUGUACAGGACAUAAACCUUACCGCAGACGAAAGUUCAGAGACUGUGCUUCCUACUGGUUUGCAAUUUUCAAACAAGGAUGCAAAAUCAAUCAACUUUUGGAGUUCUACUGGAACUGUUAGCAAAAUUGAAAGACAAAAAAAACAUUCGGGAAGCCACAUAACAAUUGUCGAUUCCUUCAAAAAAGUUGGGGAAAAGAAAGUGCCUGUGGUUGUAAUUGCAGAGACGCCACCAAACACAACAACAAAAACGUUUGUACAAUGUCCUGUCUGUCUUGACAAAGUUGAACAAAACAAAAUAAAUACACACUUAGACACUUGUUUGUAGCCAUAGCAAAAUUCACAAAUUGCAAAUUACCAUAAUUAACAAGUUAACAGUGGCGUAGCCAGCCUGGCGACCGUUAGUUAGAAUUUAUUAUAUUUAUUAUUAUUUUAAUAUAAUAUUAUAAUUAUUUUUAAUUUCAAUAUAGAGAGAAGAUAUCUUAAUAAUUGUAU